AUGUCGUCGAUCCGCCCAACGCUCGAGCGCGUCCAGCAGCUGCAGCAGCUUCCCGAGAACCAGGAGAAGAACCUCGUGCCGAUCUACUUGGAUGUCGUGGCCGACCUGGACACGCCCGUGAGCGUUCUCCUGAAGCUGCGCAAGCACCAGACGCACUCGUUCCUGCUCGAAUCGGUCGCGCCAGGCGAAAGGAUCGCGCGCUACUCGUUCAUUGGAGCUGGACCGCUCCACGUCGUGACGACGGGCAAAGGAGAAGACUAUGAAGGGGAUCCACUCGUUCAUCUGGAGCAGGAGAUGCAGCGCUUCCGGACCGUGACGCUGCCUGAGCUCAACGUGCCUAUGACCGGUGGCGCCGUGGGUUAUUGCGCCUUUGAUGCGAUCCGCCAUUUUGAGCCAACGGUUGCGCCCUAUGUAGACGCCCAGCAGGACGUGCUAAAGGUGCCGGAGAGCCUGUUUAUGUUCUUUGACACGAUCGUGAUUUUUGAUCACGUGUUCCACUCGCUCAAGAUUGUGUCGCACGUUCGAGUGGAUACAAACGAUCUGGCUGCAGCUUAUACAGAAGCGACGGACAAGGUCAUGGCUGUUAAUGCAGCGCUGGAGAACGAGCUGCCGUAUCGGCCGAGUGUGGCGCACGAAAAGAACACACAUGUGGAAGCCAAGAUUGACCUGGAAGCUGCCUCGAAUGUGGGCAAAGCAGGGUACUUGGAUUUUGUGGAGAAACUAAAGCAGCAUAUUGUCGAUGGCGACAUUUUCCAGGCUGUGCCGUCGCAGCGACUGGCGGUGGACCUUCCAAAGGGCGUGACCUCGCUGGAUUUGUAUCGCCAGAUGCGCGCGAUUAAUCCGUCGCCGUACAUGUUUUUUCUCGACAUGGGUGAAAAUUUUCAGAUUGUUGGUGCGUCGCCAGAGAUGCUGGUCAAGGUAGACCACGCUCGUGUCGUGGAGACACACCCUAUUGCUGGUACUCGUCACCGCGGUGCAGACGAUGCAGAAGAUGACGCACUAGAGAAGGAGUUACUUGCGGACGAGAAGGAGCGUGCUGAACAUAUUAUGCUGGUAGACUUGGGCCGCAAUGAUGUUGGUCGAGUAGCCAAGCCAGGCUCAGUCCGGGUCGAACGUCUCAUGCAAAUUGAAAAGUACUCGCACGUGAUGCACAUCGUUUCGGUCGUCAAGGGUGACUUGCGAGACGACCGUACGGUGUAUGACGCGUAUCGUGCCAUGUUCCCUGCUGGUACGCUGUCUGGUGCCCCGAAGGUGCGUGCUAUGGAGCUCAUUUGCUCGCUCGAGACCGAACGGCGUGGUGUGUACUCUGGCUCUGUGGGUUACUUUAGUUUCUCCGGAUCCCUGGACACAGCAAUAGCCAUUCGCACUAUGGUGGUCAAGGACGGCAAGGUCUAUUCGCAGGCUGGCGGUGGCAUUGUGUACGACUCAGACCCGCAAGCUGAGUACACGGAGACGGUGAACAAGCUAGGCUCGGCUAUCAAGACUUUGGAGAAGUGCGCUGCGCACAUGGCGCCGACUGCUCAUUAG